AUGAGAAUACUUUUGUCGCUAGCUGCAAACCAAGAUUGGCCUCUUCCACCAGGCAUGCCAGAUUCAAAUGGAAUGAAGUCUAAUCACACCUUAUUUUUGAAGAGAAGAAAAGAAAAAAUUACAACUUUGAUUAUAUAUGUAGAUGANAUGAUUGUUACAGGAAAUGACCAAGAUGAGAUCUCUAGUUUACAACAAUACCUUGCAUCUGAAUUUGAGAUGAAACAACUUGGAAAUCUCAAAUAUUUUCUGGGUAUUGAAGUNAAAUAUUUUCUGGGUAUUGAAGUAGCUAGAUCAAAACAUGACAAAGGGAGAUACCAAAGACUGGUAGGAAAAUUAAUUUAUUUGUGUCAUACACGUCCAGAUAUCACCUAUGCAGUGAAUGUUGUUAGUCAAUUUAUGCAUGACCCACGAAAGUUUCAUAUGGAUGCUGUUGAGAGGAUUUUGAGAUAUUUGAAGUCCGCUCCUGAUAAAGGGAUUUUGUUCUCAAAUCAUGGAAACUUGAAGGUAGAAGGGUUCACUGAUGCAGAUUGGGCAGGUUCAAAAGAUGAUAGAAGAUCUACCUCUGGAUACUUUACUUUUGUAGGAGGAAAUCUUGUAACAUGGAGGAGUAAAUAACAGCCUGUAGUAACAAGAUUUAGUGCUGACGCAGAAUUUAGAGGCAUGACACUAGGUGUAUGUGAACUUUUGUGGAUUAAAAAUGUGCUAUCAG